AUGCCAGCAGACGCUGAGGCGGAAGCACCUCCAUUAUCACGAUGGAGAUACAAGACAAGGAGCCUCGAGAAGCCCAAGUAUAAGACAGAAAAGGAGUGCAUGGCCAGCGACGACCCGCGAGAUCUUACGGCGUUUGUUGUCGACUACAUACGACAGUAUGGCAAGGCGAAUUCUCAGGACAUCUUGGCUCUAAGUGAUGCAAGUCUGCCUCUUAUCCUUUGA